UUUAAUCAAUCUAAUUCCCGCGAAGAUUUCCCUCGCGAAUUAAAAACAUAUCCAAUAAGAAACAAGAAUUUAACAUUUCAGAAGUAAACGUUCGUUUCAGUAGCUUCGGUCGUUUUAGAAGUGAUAGUACGUUUAUUUAUUGAAAUAAAUUAGAAAUACUCAAAUUAAACAUGUUUGAAGCAAGACUAGUAAGCUGCUCUAUUUUCAAAAAGGUAAUGGAAGCAAUUAAGGAGCUUCUUAAUGAAGCUUCCUUUGAUUGUUCAGAUUCCGGAAUUCAACUACAAGCUAUGGAUACUUCCCAUGUGUCCCUAGUUUCCCUAAUGUUGAAAUCAGACGGUUUUGACAAAUAUAGAUGCGAUAGGAAUAUUACCAUGGGUAUGAAUUUGGGAAGCUUAUCGAAGAUUUUCAAAUGCUCCAACAAUGACGAUACAGUCACUAUCAAGGCUCAAGAUGAUGCAGAUACAGUUACCUUCAUGUUCGAAUCUAAGAAGCAAGAAAAAAUUUCAGAUUACGAGAUGAAACUUAUGAACCUGGAUCAAGAACAUUUAGGCAUUCCAGAAACAGACUUUUCCUGCGUUAUCAAGAUGCCUUCUGCUGAGUUUGCCAGAAUAUGUAGGGAUCUCUCUCAGUUCGGAGAAUCUUUGGUUAUAUCUUGCACUAAAGAAGGAGUCCGAUUCUCUACAAAUGGAGAUAUUGGAAGCGCGAAUAUUAAAAUUGCCCAGACCAACAAUUUCGAAAAAGAAGAAGAAUCUGUAACGAUAGAUCUGCAAAAUCCAGUUACUCUCACUUUUGCUUGUCAGUAUUUGAACCAUUUCACCAAAGCAACUCCACUUACCAACCAAGUUGUACUUUCCAUGUCUGAUAAUGUUCCCCUUGUUGUAGAAUAUGUGAUUCCAGAUUUGGGUCACAUCAGGUAUUAUCUAGCACCAAAGAUUGAGGAGGACGAAAACUAAUAGUAUCAAAGUGCCCCAGUAUAUAAGUUAUUUUUUUUUUCAUGAAUAUUCAUGUGAAUAACUUCUUUUAUUUUUACACCUGUUAAUAUUUGUUAAAUUAAACUCUCUUAAUGCUAAA